AUGAUUAUCUUUCCAACCAGGUUCCAUUUCAGGAAGAAUCUGAAAAGAAUAGUUUCAGAGCUCUACAUUCGAGAUAAUUGUCACCCUUUCAAGGCCAGCUUGCUGAUAUGGAUACAAGUUCCAGUAUGGGUCUUUGUUUCCAUGGCAUUGCGUAACUUCAGCAUUGGUAGGACAGCUUCUGAAGCAGAGCUUCCUAUCCAGGAACAGCUUUCUGUGGGAGGUACCCUCUGGUUUAUGGACCUCACUGCACCUGAUCAUACUCUGAUUUUGCCCAUCACUCUUGGACUCCUGAAUCUGCUGAUAGUGGAAAUUUUUGUCUUGCAAAAAACCAGACUGUCCAGGAUUCAGAAGUGCACCACUCACAUCUUCCGGGGAAUGUCUGCACUUAUGGUCCCUGUCGCUGCGAGUGUGCCAUCAGCCAUGGCUUUGUACUGGGUGUCUUCGAGCUUCAUGGGACUUUCACACAAUCUUCUGCUCCGCUCUCCUGCUUUCCGUAGACUUUGCCGCAUACCUCCAACCAAGUCUGAUUCAGACACUCCUUACAAGGACAUUGUUGCUGCCAUCUGUGCUAAAUAUUUCUUCAAGUGAGAUACAGUUUGAAACAAACGGUUCUUCGUCCAUGUCAUUGCUGAAGCUUGGAAUCAAGGAACACUGACUGCCUGUGGAUGGAAGCUCCCUUGAACGCAUCAGGUUUAAUCAGUCCUGUGGUGCUGCACUUAGUUUGAGAAGAGCAAACAUCAUUGUGACACAAUGGGGGGAGUAUAUAUGGGAGACCCCAAAGGGAGUCCGUCUGCUGCACAGAGGCAGGCCAUGGCAACCAAGCCGUCUCUGCCUUGGGGACCCUGCAGUGGUUGCCAUCCGCUAGCUGUGGCUGGACAGCACGUGUUCCACCAUGAAUUUGUAGAUGGAUGCGGUGAUGUAUGUUACUUAUGCAGAAAAUACACAAGACAUUGGCAUUACACGUCGUUUUUUAUUGUGCUGCUUGUAAGAGAAUUUGGUGUCUUUUUUGACAAUCAUUGUACAAAGCACUUAGAAAUGGAAGAUGAUACAUUUAAAAAGCAUCUUGCUCUUGCUACAUUAAGAUGUCUGACAGGAAGCGCAAUCAUCCCUUUGCAUUUAGGUAUUAUAUUUUGUGAAACAUCAACAUGUGAGAAACAGCAAACCAGGAAAUUCCCACUGUAAAGCGGAAUGGGGUCCCACAUGGAACUCUGGGCAUCGGCUGGUCAAGUGGCUCCGGAAAUAAAUGAUGCUUUAGCAAAAAAAACCUGGAACCCUGUCAGGACCCCCCGACUCCCCAAAUGGGAAAGGGACCGACAAAAGGUUGGCACCCUGUUUGCCACCAAAGUGAGGCCGAAUCCACACUUUGCUCACGGCAGUCUGGGAGCCACUCCAGCACAGCUGCUCUCGUAGCUUCAGGAACACCCAAAGGUGUGAACGGCACACGGGGAGGCCAGUGACCAAGUUCGCUCUGCAUGCCAGUGCUGGCUGCAGCAGGGCUAGGGAUGCAAACCCAUUUUUUCAUCCCUUUUUCAUAUUAUGUUAUGAGAAAACAACGUGGGAACAGCCACAGCAUUGCAGGAAAUGCAAUAAUUAUUCCUAAAUAGAACUUAACAUUGUCACAUUGUGACACCUCAUAGAACAGAUAUCAACAGCAGUAUAACAAAGUUAGACAGGCUGCAUUAUUAAAACCAUUAUGGAAAAAAUAUUUAGAAAAACACAGAACCAAGAGGCUCCAGAAAGGCAUCUGUGUGGUCCAAUGGGAUAUGAAUCUUCUGUUUUCUGGGCUUCGACCUAAUGCCAAGAAAUGCAGUUACCAUCAUUCCCUAACAGACACUGCCUGAGCAAACCAGGUGGCUGAAGUACUGUUAGUAAUAUCCCUUUUGGUAAACAUUUUGUAUAAACAUCAAAUGAUAAAAGUUUAAAAUACAUUUUGUUCAACAUUUUCCACUGCCCUUUAAAAACAUUAACACAUUAAUGAAAAAUGUUAAAACAGAUUUUAGCAAAGAAAUUCACUUCAGCUAAAUCUGCUGGACCUUGUCAUUCAUUGGGUGUGCACCCCCACCCCCACUCUAAGGCAAGACAUCAAUGGCACCCUAGUGAUAGUCAAGUGACGGCCAGGUGAAUGCGAGGGCUGGUCAGUGGGCUGGCUUCUCAUGGAUGCUGACUGAGCCGUCUUCCAUACCAAAGUAAACUCGCUCUGCCAUGUUGAUAAAGAGACCGGUUUCGACCACUCCUAGAACAGACAAGCCCAGUUACUGUUUAUUACUGUAUAAUACAUUUUUAUAUCCAAACAGGCUCUUGUACAAACAGCAGUGUAAUCCCAUGGGGUUCAGUUUUUAUAGGCUCACACUGGAUUCACUCUCCAUAAAGGAAGUGUAAUAAAGCAUGUGAUGUAUUCCAUCAACCAGGCAAAACUGUCCAGUCCUUUCCAGAACCACUGACAUUGUGACAGAAGAAAUAAGGGUGGAAAUUCCUUUCUCACCCUGCUCUCCACCUCCUGGCAACACUCAACAGGAACCUCCUUGUGAUUACUGGCUAUUAAUGCAGACUGAGAGCAUCCAUUAGCAUCCCCUCCUGUGCAAUUUGAUAGCAAACCCUUUAACAGGUUCUCCCCGAGAGCAUUUUUUGGUGGCCAGGCAGCUUUACAAAUGGUUCCCAAAGUACAGCCACUUAAGAGUUUCCUUUCUGAAAAGCAGUAAAACAUUAAUAUUUUAAAAACCCUUUUUGCCACAUGGGGUGCUUCCCCCCACCAAUAUUCUGUAUUAG